ACCGAGUUCGAACGGAUUGUUGGAUUCGCGUUUCGACCAAAGGAAAAGUGAGAGUGCCACAAAGUGAGCGCAAAAAGCGAAGGUCCAUUUCUUUGCCGGCAUCGAAGUCUUUCGUUCGUUCGCCGCCACGCCACGCAAGUUCACGGUCACGGUCACGGCGGAAGUGCUGUGUGCGUCGUCGAGUGUGUCACGAGGUGGUGAAGAAAGUGAAACCCGUCCGCUGGAGGCGCUACAAAACCGGUACACGAUGCGAUCGCCGAUGGGUUCGAGUGCGGCAAUGACCGCACUGUUGCUGCUCGCCUUUAUCGCUGGAAGCUACGCUGCACUUCCGUCAACGAUCAAGGCAUGCAAGCGGAACGAUCCAGACAUUAGCCGGUGCAUCACCGAGUCCGUCAACGAUCUGCGGCCGCGCCUUGCGACGGGCAAGAUUUCGGACGACUUCAGGAUUCCGCCGAUGGAACCACUCGCCCUAGCGGCCGUCAACAUGGAUCGGGGUGCCGAGUUUAAGGCCACGUUCAGCGAUCUGCUCGUGUCCGGUCCGACCAAGUUCAAGAUCGAGAACCUCAAAGUGAACCUCGAGAAGCUGGUGUUUGACUUCAACAUCUUCCUGCCGAAGCUGUCCUUCAAGGGAAAGUACGAUCUGAAGAUCAAGCUGCUGCUGCUGAACAUUGCCGGUGUCGGAGAUCUGACGGGCGUUAUCGAGAAUAACCAGGCGCGCGUGAAGCUCAACUUCGAGAAGUACAACAAAGGCGAUGGCAAGGAGUACCUGCGGGUGAAGAAGAUGGUCGUGCGGAUCCAGAUCGAGAAGGGUCGGUUCGAUAUGAAGGACCUGUUCCGCGGCGAUCCGGUGCUGAGCCAGGCCGGCAACCAGUUUAUCAACGAGAACUCGCGCCUCUUCCUGGACGAGCUGACUCCCGGGCUCGAGCGCAGCCUGUCGGAAACGUUCAAGGGCACGGCCAACGAGAUCAUGCAGCAGGCGACACUCGACGAGCUCUUCCCGCUGUAAACGGGGCAGGC